UAUCCCCCUCCCCUAGUACACAUAAACAUCACCACGCGGGGAGAGGCUGGAUCUAGCCACUCUUAAGUGCCGCCUUUACUACUCGUCCAGUCAAGAGCCUUCAUGCAAAUUGCGAGGCAUAACAGGCAGUGAGAUCAGUGAGAGGAAGAGGAGGAGUGGAGCUUGUCCCUGGGGCUCCACAAGAGCCACGUGAGCCUCCACAAGAGCCACAAGCUGCUCCUCGAGAGCUCCUCCUCCAGGAUGACACAGUUCACCGUCCAUAAUGUCCGCUUCUAUGACUUUGAGCCUCAAGCCAUCCAGUGUAUGGCUUAUGAGGACGCCAGCAGCCGCCUGGCGCUCUCCAGGGCCGAUGGGAGUGUUGAAAUAUGGAACUGCCAGAAUCGACCCUUUGUGCAGCUAGUUCUUCCCGGUGGUGUCGACAGUUCGGUUGAAGCGCUGGUGUGGUGCAAGGGACGACUCUUUAGUGCAGGACUCCACGGCUAUAUCUUGGAAUACAACUUAUUCUCGGGUGGUGUCAUGUCGCGUACAGCGGUCACUGGUGGUCCCACCUGGUGCCUUGCUCUUUCCAAAGACAAGCGGAAGUUAGCAGCUGGCACAGAGGAAGGCUAUGUGUGCGUGUUUGACGUGGUGGACGAGGGCAUAAUGUACGACAGAGCCCUGGAGAAGCAAGAAGGUCGAAUAUUGCACAUCUGCUGGCACAGCAGCGGAGACUACAUAGUCACGGGAUCUGUCAACUGUGUCCGUCUGUGGUCUCUGACGGAAGGCCGGGUGACCCGUUGUUCAGUGGGUAAUUCUGCAAGUGAGGUCAUUGUGUGGUGUGUUGGUAUUCUUGAUGACAUGACAAUAGUCAGUGGCGACUCCAGAGGGAAAACUUGCUUUUGGAAUGCAAAGCUUGGUACCAUUACUCAAGAGGUACAGACUCAUAAAGCUGAUGUUCUGAGUCUUGCAGUGUGCAGUGAUAACAAGUCGGUAUAUGUGGCUGGUGUUGAUCCGCACAUCGUGCAAGUGAGCAAAGUUCAAACAGGAGCAAAGACGGGUAAAAAAGAGUGCUGGGUCAAGUCAAAUGUGCGCCUCAUACACACGCACGAUGUGCGCGCUCUCGCUCUCACGUGCGAUGACAAAAUGUUUUCCGGAGGUGUGGACACGGUCCUUGUGUUGAGCUACUAUCCUCCAAAGACUGUCAUAAAGUUCCAAGCACUUCCCCAUCCUGGAUCGAUAUCAGUUGCUGGAGAGGCAGAAAGUAUUCUUCUUCGCUACAACGAGCACCUGGAGCUGUGGCGGCUAGGAAGCUCUGGUGAAGAUGGUGGACCAACAGGACGAUUCUUACCCAUCUCUAAAGAUCGUGUUAAAUUGCUUGAACUUGGUGCUCACGAAGAUGAGGUGAUAGAAUGGUGUGCUGUCUCUCCUCAGUCUCUAUGGAUCGUCUAUAUUGUUAAGGGAAACCUCAGGAUCUUUCAGUUUUACCCACCAAAGCCUGGCAGUCAUAUAAGUGUUCGGCGUGUGCGGGUGAUGAGCAAAGAGAUCAAAAGUAGCCGGCAAGUUCUCUGGCUCGGAGAGGCACGGCUAGCGUCUGCUGCCACCGAUGGAGUUAUUCAG